AGCGUGCGCUCGCGCAGGCUGCCAGUAGUAACGUAACCGCUAUGGAGCUAACGCGGGUGAUUGUGUGUUUGUGUGUCUGUGCUUUCGCCGGGGUAGUGCACGGUCAAGUAGCGUCAAUAUGCCGGCCAAAAGAAAGGCUCCUGAUGUGUGGAGGCUGCCAAAAGACCUGCUUGGACCCAGUGCCCGAGUGCAAGGGCGUCUGCAGGCCAGGCUGCUACUGCGCUGAUGACGAAGUCAGAAAUGCCACUGGACACUGCAUAAAGCUGUCGGAGUGUCCACCUUUGCCUGCAUCCUACAAACUGGAGACCACAGAGCCUCGGCCAGCGGACGCCAAGUGCCCUGACAACGAGGAGUACCGGUUCUGCGAGCCCUGCAACAAGACCUGCGACAACCCGCGCCCGGUCUGCCCUGCCCAGUGUUCGAGGGGCUGCUUCUGCAAAGACGACCUGGUCAGGGAUAAGGAUGGAAGAUGCGUGAAGCUGGAGAAGUGCUCUAAUAAAUCUUCUAAUGAAAUUCCCCACUAUGCGCACACUGACAAGCCCAUCCAAAAGUGUGGACCGAACCAGAUCUUCAAGCCCUGCGAGAACUGCGAAAAGACCUGUUCCAGCCCUGACCCGCAGCGCUGCCCUGCCCAAUGCAGUAGAGGGUGCUUCUGUAAAGACGGUCUUUAUAAGGCCCCAAACGGAGAGUGCGUCACUCUGGACCAGUGUCCUAAAGCAGUGCCACCACACCCGAGCCCACCACCGAUCGCCUACGAGCUGACCUGUGGGCCUAACCAGGUCUUCAAGCCCUGUGAGAAUUGCGAGAAGACCUGCAGCAACCCCAGCCCUCAAUGCCCUGCCCAAUGCAGCCGAGGGUGCUUCUGCAAGGACGGCCUUUACAAAGCACCCGAUGGGGAGUGUGUCAAACUGGUGGACUGCCCGCGAGGUCUGUAGUUUAGACUCUUGGAUGGUAGAUUGCGUGAUGCUCAAGUAGGUCUAAUUAAGUGUUUCACCUUUUACUUUAACGUGCCUUUACUGGUUGGGACUUUAUGACGGUAGGCAAGCUAUAGAUCCUGUUUACACAGGAGUUGUAGUUAUGGGAACGAGAUGUAGGAACAGUCUCGUAGAUGAUCCGUUCUUAGAAUAAUUAAUAAGAUUUCAAAUUCAUGGGUUUGGCAUGAAGUGACUGGUGAAACAUAAUUUUGAAGCGUAUGCGUAAGAUAUUUGUAUGUAGACAAUUGUGAUGCACUUCUGUAUUAAUCUAUUCUAAUCUUCUUUUUAAUGUGUUCUGUCUGUUUAAUACAUUAGUUCUGUACAUAUUCGAGAAAUAAGUGCCAAUAAAAACUGUAGUACCUAGCAAGGAUCAGAAUGUCAAUGUAAAAUACUUUCAAGAAUUUGAGUUUUGGAUUAGUUAUGAUGUAAAUAGUAAUUCCUAUGGCUUGUUAUAAUUACCUACAAAAACUAAUAGGUACCUACUAAGUUACCACUAACAAAAUAUCUGGCUAGAUAUAGCUACUUGCCUAUAGACGAUAUUGUGAUAAAUUAAUUUAUUUUGUGAUAAUUGGAUCUUAUUUAACUGUAAGUUAUUUAUUUGUGAUGCACGUUAUGUUAUGUUGAAUAAAGUGACUAAUACUGAA